AUGAUAUCUGCUUUACUCUGGAUUCGUAAAGGUGUGGCCGCUGAACAACCUGAAAAAUAUGAGCUAGAUGAUAAAGAAUACGAACGAAUCAGUCAAUUAACCGGAAUACAUUUAGAAAAUUCAAAAAGCGAAUUAGAAAGUCAUGAUGUCAAAAUGAGUGAUGUGAAUGAUGAUUCGGAACUAUUAGAAUACAAUUUAGAACAAUACGAUGAGGAGGAUGAGGAAGGACACGGGUUGGCGUAUUAUACGUCAAAUGAAGAAGACCCAUAUAUUACCCUCAAUGAUGAGGAUGAUGAAACUGAUGAUGUUCAAAUUUUAGCUACGGAUAGUGUUUUAGUAGCAGCAAAGACCGAGGAUGAGGUUUCACAAUUAGAAAUAUAUGUCUAUGAAGAAUCUGAGGAUAAUCUCUAUGUGCACAAUGACAUCAUGUUGCCAUCUUUUCCUCUUUGUUUGGAAUGGUUGGAUUUUCGAUUAGGUAGAAAAAAAGAGUUGGAUGGCAGCGGCAACUAUAUUGCGAUAGGGACGUUCGAGCCUGAAAUCGAGAUUUGGGACUUGGAUAAACCUAAUUCAGAAUACCAUACAGAUGCGGUCAUGGGAUUAUCAUGGAAUAAACUUCAUAGCUCUUCGGCCGAUUCAACUGUAAAAUUAUGGGACCUUCAAUCAUUAACAUGUGCACAUUCGUUUGAUCAUCACAAAGACAAAGUGCAACAAGUGGAAUGGCAUUCCAUUGAGCCUACCAUCUUGCUAACCGCAUCUUUUGAUAAAACUGUGGUUGUAUUUGAUAGUCGUACACCUAAAAAUGUCGCAUCUUGGAAUUUCGGAGAUUCAGAUCCAGAAUGCGUACGUUGGGAUCCAUUUACUCCACAGCAUUUCUACGUGAGUACAGAAUCUGGGUUGGUUUUGUGUUUUGACACAAGAAACUCUGAUAAAUCAGCACCGGUCUUCACAUUGCAUGCGCAUGAUGCUUCUGUGACAUCUUUGGAUGUAAAUCGAUCGGUUAGAGGAUGUAUAGUUACUGGUUCAACAGAUAAAAUGGUUAAGGUUUGGAAUAUUAAGGAUAUGAAACCAUCCAUUGUCACGAGUCGAGAUUUGGGCGUGGGGAAGGUUUUUACUGCGCAAUUUUGUUUAGACUUACCUUUUCAUUUGGCAGUUGCUGGUUCAGGAGGGAAAGUGCAUAUUUGGGAUUUAUCAACCAAUGCAGGUGUAAGAAAAUCGUUUAAAGAAACAAUUAAACCUUUCGAAAGCAACAUAGAUAUAGUAGAUGUACGUUUAAAUGAAUUUAGUACAUAUAACUUUUAUUCAAUAAUAAUUUAA